CCUCUUCUUACUUCUUUUUCUCCUUCUACUUCUCCUCCUCUUUCUUCUUUCUUCUCCUUUUCUUCUUCCUCCUCCUCCCUCUCCUCCCCCACCCCUGCCCCAUUGAUGUGUUAUUAUUGGGGGGGCUGGAGCAGUAAAAAAAGGAGGAGGAAAAAAAGAGCGGGGCUCGGCAGGGAGCGGUCGAGCGCGGGGCUGCCCGGCGGCGGCGAUGGAGGAACUUACGGCGUUCGUCUCCAAGUCUUUCGACCAGAAAGUGAAGGAGAAGAAGGAGGCCAUCACGUACCGGGAGGUGCUGGAGAGCGGGCCGCUGCGCGGGGCCAAGGAGCUGGCGGGCGGCGGCGAGCCGGGCCGUGAGGACCGCAGCAGCCCGGCAGUCCGGGCGGCCGGCGGAGGCGGCGGAGGAGGAGGCGGAGGCGGAGGCGGAGGAGGCGGAGGAGGCGCGGGAGGAGGAGGAGCAGGCGGAGGAGCUGGAGGAGGGCGCUCCCCCGUCCGGGAGCUGGACAUGGGCGCUGCGGAGAGGAGCAGGGAGCCCGGCAGCCCGCGGCUCACUGAGGUGUCCCCCGAGUUGAAGGAUCGCAAAGAGGAUGCUAAAGGAAUGGAGGACGAAGGCCAGACCAAAAUCAAGCAGAGGCGAAGUCGGACCAAUUUCACCCUGGAACAACUCAACGAGCUGGAGAGGCUUUUUGACGAGACCCACUAUCCGGAUGCCUUCAUGCGCGAGGAACUGAGCCAGCGACUGGGGCUGUCGGAGGCCAGAGUGCAGGUUUGGUUUCAAAAUCGAAGAGCUAAAUGUAGAAAACAAGAAAAUCAACUGCACAAAGGUGUCCUCAUAGGGGCCGCUAGCCAGUUUGAAGCUUGUAGGGUUGCACCCUAUGUCAAUGUAGGUGCUUUACGGAUGCCAUUUCAGCAGGAUAGUCAUUGCAACGUGACGCCCUUGUCCUUUCAGGUUCAGGCGCAGCUGCAGCUGGACAGCGCCGUGGCGCACGCGCACCACCACCUGCACCCGCACCUGGCCGCGCACGCGCCGUAUAUGAUGUUCCCGGCGCCGCCCUUCGGACUGCCGCUGGCCACGCUGGCCGCGGACUCGGCCUCUGCUGCUUCGGUGGUGGCGGCGGCCGCCGCCGCCAAGACCACUAGCAAGAACUCCAGCAUCGCGGAUCUCAGACUGAAAGCCAAAAAGCACGCAGCCGCCCUGGGCCUGUGACGCCAGAGCCGCCACCGCGCCUGCGAGGGGCGCGCCCGCACCGCCUCGCCCCGCUGCUCCUCGCUGCCCUGCAGACCUCCGACGCCGCCCUCUUCCGCCACGCUGGCCGCCCCUUGUCUCUCUGCAUCCCUGACUCUGAGCGCCGGGCUCUGCACGGGAUCCAGGGCUGCACGAGGCACGCCAGUCCCGUAGCUCCUGGCCACCCACCGACCGUGGGCCUAGAAGGCUUUAUAGGAGCUGGUUUGCGGGAGUCUGGAAAGAGACUGGACAAGGGAAUGCUGGCACAGCGCAAUGCGGCUCAGCAAAGCUGCAACGAUGGAUUCUUGCAUAGAAACAAAAUCUUGUUGACAAUAUAAAACGAGGAAAUACAAGAUAGAAAAGACAAACCAGAGAGAGAGAGAGAGCGAGAGAAGGAGAACAAAAACUUCUUAUUGCUGUUUGGGAUAAGCUGAAAUCGGAGACAG